GUUAUAACAUUUUUUUUUAAAUUGAUAAUUUAAUUAGUAACAAUAGUGUUAAAUUCUUUUUUAUUGUUCCAGAAAAGUUUUGAUUUUUAUAGUACGUUAGUUAAUUAACCUCAUAUAAAGAAACUACAUUACGGUCAUGACAUGAACAUGUUGCGGUAUUCCGAGAUUCCAAAAAAUAUUUUAGGAGAUACGACCAGUAAAAUAUCGGGGAGUUCGGAAUGCAAAAGCUACAAGACAUCAGGGAGUAAUGAGUCAAUCACAUUAUCGUCAAGAGGCUGUAAUACAAAACUUAAAGAUGGACGUGUCAGAAAAAUAUCGUCCCCUACGAUAUCCAGUCAAGGUCCAGGAACACCAUACGCCUCUAUUGGUUAUGGAAACUAUUUUACUUCAAUACCUGCACAUAUCAAAACUCAGAGUCUACCUUGUCACACUUCCCAAAGUAUUAAUAAAAGCUACAGUUGUGCUAUUUUUGACAUUCUCAGAAUACCUGCUGAAGACUUUGCCAGGCAGCUUACCAUGCUGGACCUUCCGGUUUUUCUUGCCAUACAGCCUGAUGAGCUGACAAGCUGUGCAUGGUAUAAAAAGAAUAAGCUUACCAUUGCACCCAAUGUUGUGGCUUUUACAAAAAGGUUUAAUCAUGUUAGUUUUUGGGCUGUACAAGAAAUACUCUCAGGAUGCACAUCUAAGCAACGCUCGGAAGUUUUAACUCACUUUAUUAGAAUAGCCAAAAAACUCUACGACCUUAAUAAUUUACACUCUUUGUUUGCAAUAAUUUCUGCCUUACAAAGUGCCUCAAUUUAUAGAUUAGCGAAAACAUGGGGUGGUUUGGCAAAAAAGGAAAAACAAACCUUUGAUAGAUUGGCAGAGGUAUUUUCUGAUGCAAAUAACUGGAAGAAUCUUAGAAGUCACAUCGAAAGCUUAAGAUUACCUUGUAUACCAUAUUUGGGAUUAUAUUUGACUGAUUUAGUUUACAUUGACAUGGCUCAUCCACACCUGGGUGGACUAGAAUCUCAACCACGUACCUUAAAAAUGAACAAUAUCCUUAGAAUAAUCUCAAACUACCAACACUCUGACUACUCACACUUAUUAGUGAUUCCACACAUACAGGACUAUUUAAAUUCAAUUAGGUAUAUCGAAGAACUACAAAAAUUUGUAGAAGACGACCAGUACAAACUUUCUAUUAAACUUGAACCACCCACUCCACCGCCAAGCUUCUCGAUCUGCAGCUCCAAAGAGUCAAUCAUUGCUGACGCUGUGACAAUAGCUUCGCUUAACUUAUCACCUGCGAAACAAUGCGGUUCACUUCGAUUGCAGGCCGUCUCAGCAGGCAACAAAUUUAUUCCAGGACACAGAAAAUGCCGGAGUUUGGGAACAAACAUAUUUAGUAAAUCACAUCAAGUGGGUAGUUUUGAUCCCAAAGAUCUACCAAAAGCACUGCAUCUUUUGGACGAUUCUGAAUUAGAAGAUUCAUCAAGAUUAAAUUCAUUGUGUCACGAUAGUUCUUCUCCAACUACAGAGUUGCCGCUAGAAGCGUCACAGAAUACAGCCGAAAAUUGUACUUUAUUAACUAGAGUAACUGAGGAUUCAAUUGCUUCCGAGGACAAUGUGUGCACAAUGCAAGGUUGUGUUAGAAGAAAGACUUUAUUAAAAGAUGGUAGAAAACCAACUGUAUCAUAUUGGCAAAGAUAUUGGCUUCAAAUUUGGGCAACGUCGCUUGUCUACUUUUCCCCAAAAUCUUUUAAGGGACAUAGCAGAUCUGAUUUUAAAAGGGAACCUUGUAAACUUGUGCCAAUUAUAGGCUGUCACGUUCUUAUGGGAGAAAAUACUUUGCAUCCAGAUUCUUUUCAAAUUAUUGAUCAUCUUAAAGGUAAUGUGUAUAAAUUCCGUACUGGAACAAAAACAUUAGCUGAAAGAUGGUGCAAGUACCUACAACAGGCAGCAAAUGGUGAACAACCCCCCUUACCAAGCAAUCUAAUGUCUUUUGAAUAAUAUUAAUUAAUAUUUAAAU